AUGGUCUGUAAAAAGUGCGAAAAGAAACUCUCAACAGUCGCCGCUCCCGACCCAUUUCAACCUUCCUCCUCCACCCGUAAAAUAGGCGAGAACAAACUCCUAUCCGCUCGAGCAAGAGCUUCACCAUAUGUCAAACCCGGUACAGGGGGUGCAGGUGGUGUCAAGAAAGGUAGUAUAAAUCCGUAUGGAAACAAAUGUAUAGAUUGUAAGCAAUCGGUUCAGCAGAAUAACGCUUCGAGGUGUCAGAAAUGCGCAUAUAAAAAGGGAUUAUGUGCGAUAUGCGGUAACUUGGUAUUAGAUACUUCUCGUUAUAAGCAAACCACGAAAUAA